AAAAGCUCCAUGGCUAAGAAGAGAAAGGCUGAAGAACAGAUUUUGGAAGUUCCAAUCAACAAAAGGAAAUCUCUGUUGAUGAAGCCUCGCCACUACAAUCCCACCUUGGAAGGCAAAGGAGAGAAUGAAGGCAGGACACACUUUCAGGACAAUAAUAAUGUUCUCCAAACAGGUAUGAAAAAGCAUAGGUUAUAACUUAAUCAAUAUUUCCUAAUACUUCCCAAAGAAGACAAUAUCUCAUAUUUCAACAUGCAAGAAAAUGAUCUUCAAAAGAAGGACAGUUUCACUAACUGCCAGGACACAAUGACCAACACAUUAAUUAACUUUGAAAAAAUAGCAAAAGAUGCACCAAAUUCCCUAGAGAAUGAUAAACUAAGUGAUAGUGAUAACCAGACUUUAAAAACAGAGAAUAAGAACAUUGCUGUAUGUUAUGGAAUUAAUUCUUCAGUAAGAAGGGACAAAAUUAGUGUUCCACAUCCACAAUACUGUUCCUCAGAAGACAAUGAAAGUAGCUCUGAAAUUCUGGACAAUGAAUGGGAUAGUUCCUCAAAUUUUUCUGAAGAGAUAAGUAUAAAACUGCCUUUAAAUAAAACAUAUGUUGUAGGAUGUAAUCGGGAAGAGAUCCUAAAAACACCUGGAGUCAAAGCUGAAGAAAGAGAUGUUAACAAUUCUGAAACUUUUGGUAGUUUGAGAUCAGAACUGCAAGUAUCACAGGACUCACAUGCUGACAUUUGCAACAAUAGAAUGCAGAAUCCAUUUCCAGAUUGUGAAGAAGAUGAUUGUCUAUCAGAAAAUACAGAACAGUCAUUUGACUUGGAUAAAACAAAACAGAACUUAAAUUUGCUGGAACAAGCAAUAGCCCUUCAGGCAGAACAGGGUCACGUCUUUCAUAGCACUUACAAAGAACUGGAUAGGUUCCUACUGGAGCAUCUUGCAAGUGAAAGAAGACAAGCCAAAAUAGUUGACCUUGGUGGUAGACCAGUCUAUAGCCACAAGCAUGUACCCAGGCCUGAAAAAAGAGAGACCAAAUGUCCCAUUCCAGGGUGUGAUGGAACAGGGCAUGUGACUGGAUUGUAUCCUCACCAUCGCAGUCUUUCGGGCUGUCCACAUAAAGUCAGAGUGCCACUUGAAAUCCUUGCCAUGCAUGAAAAUGUUUUAAAGUGUCCCACCCCUGGAUGUACAGGAAGAGGCCAUGUCAAUAGCAACCGCAACACUCACAGAAGUCUUUCUGGAUGUCCAAUUGCUGCAGCUGAGAAAAUGGCAAUGUCUCAGGAAAAAAAUCAACAUGAAUCACUCAAAACAGGGCAGUGCCAUGAUCAGAUCCAUAGGACAAACUUGGUGAAACAUUUUGAGUUAUCUCAGUACAGCUGCCAAUCUGUACUGACCCCUUCCUCCGGAACCACUUUUACAAGAGAGCAAGAGAAAUAUGGGAAAGUACCUUUUGACUAUGCUAGCUUUGAUGCCCAAGUCUUUGGCAAAUGCACAGUGAUGCCAACUAUACAAGGACAAAAAACCACACAAUCCUUUGAAUCAAAGCAUUUUUCAAAUCCAGGGAAAUUUUCUAAUCGGCAGCCUAGUGCUAGCGCCCACACACAGAGCCCUUGCCAUGCCAGCUCUUAUCGCUAUGGUCAAUGUAGUGAAGACACCCACAUAGCAGCAGCUGCUGCAAUUCUGAACCUUUCCACCCACUGCAGGGAAGCUACAGAGAUCCUCUCCAGCAAACCACGGAGUCUGUCUGCCAAGGGAACUGAAAUAGAAGUAGAUGAAAAUGGCACUUUGGAUUUGAGCAUGAAAAAGAACCGAAGUCAAGAAAAUAUUGGUUCUCUAAGUUCCUUCAGUGCAAGUGUCCCCACUCCUUCCUCCUCUCCCCUCAAAUCAGGCAGCAUUCUGGUCAAUGCCACUUUCUACCAAGCUUUGAAUGAAAAAGAAGGUUGGGAUACACCAAUCAAUUAUAGCAAGAGCCAAGGCAAAAAAGAGGAAGAGAAAGAGAAAGAUCCUGCAAUCUGUCCCGAAAGCCUGGAGGAAAAAAAAUACUCAGAUGUCUCAGAAUGUAGUCCAAAACCCAAGGUCCAUUCAAGAGAUCUCAAAAAGGAACUGAUCACGUGUCCAACUCCAGGAUGUGAUGGCAGUGGUCAUGUGACAGGAAACUAUGCAUCCCACCGCAGUGUUUCUGGAUGUCCUUUGGCUGACAAGACGUUAAAAUCCUUAAUGGCUGCCAAUUCUCAAGAGCUUAAGUGCCCCACUCCUGGAUGUGAUGGUUCUGGUCAUGUGACGGGAAAUUAUGCCUCUCACAGAAGCUUAUCUGGCUGUCCUCGGGCCAGGAAAAGUGGUCUGAAAGUGACUCCUACAAAGGAAGAAAAAGAAGAUCCUGAACUUAAAUGUCCAGUGCUAGGCUGUGAUGGCCAAGGUCAUGUAUCAGGUAAAUACACUUCCCAUCGCACAGCUUCAGGUUGUCCCAUGGCUGCCAAGAGACAGAAGGAAAGUCCUCUCAAUGGAUCUUCUCUACACUGGAAGUUGAACAAGCAAGAGCUGCCACACUGCCCUUUGCCAGGCUGCAAUGGGCUGGGUCACGUUAAUAAUGUUUUUGUCACCCACAGAAGUUUGUCUGGAUGUCCCCUGAAUGCACAAGCCUUAAAAAAAGGGAAAAUAUCUGAAGAACUAAUGACUGUUAAGUUGAAAGCAAAUGGAGGUUUAGAGAAUGAAGAGGAAAUCAGACAUUUGGAUGAAGAAAUUAAAGAACUAAAUGAAUCCAACCUUAAAAUUGAAGCUGACAUGAUGAAACUCCAGACACAGAUCACAUCAAUGGAGAGCAAUCUGAAAACCAUAGAAGAAGAGAAUAAACUGAUAGAGCAGAAUAAUGAGAGCCUAUUAAAGGAACUAGCUGGUUUAAGCCAAGCUCUCAUCUCCAGUCUUGCUGACAUUCAACUUCCACAAAUGGGCCCGAUCAGUGAGCAUAAUUUUGAAGCAUACGUGAAUACACUCACUGAAAUGUACAGCAGUCUGGAAAGGGACUAUUCCCCGGACUGCAAGGCUCUACUGGAAAGUAUCAAGCAAGCAGUGAAGGGUAUUCAUGUGUAG